CCUACCAAACAUACCCUUAGAUGUGCACCGCUCUCUCUCUCUAUCUUCCCGUCCAUCUGUCCCGAAAGACAUCAUUGGGUUCGGCUGUGAAUUGAAAGAGUAGGAAGAGAAGGUAGCAGCAGAAAUGCCGAGACACAGGGAGAAACAGAAAGAGAGACACGGAGGAAGGAGUGGUAUCGAUCUAAUAGGUGAAGACCUUCUUCAAACCGUACUCUCCAGACUCCCAGCUUUAUCCUUCGCAUCCGCUGCGUGCGUUAGCCGCUCCUGGAACACCGUCUGCAAACGUAUCCUCUCUCGCCCCAAGCUCUCCUCUGCUCUAUCUCUCAAUCCUUCACUACAGGUUGCAGUGAAAGAGGUUGUUGAUAAGGUUCUAUCUCAGCCCAUCCGACCUCAUUUUGCGAUUGCCUGUGUUGGCCCCUCCUUUAACUUGCGGCUCACUCACAACCUUAUUACAAAAAAAUUGGGCUUCAUAGCUCCAGUUAUUACAUGUGAGUUCAAUGGAAUUAUGGGAAGAGAAGCACUUACUAACGAAUUCAAAGAGAUUCAAUGGGGUAUUACUGAUGAUGAGGAUAAUGAUGUUCCAGAUGCUCAUGGGAUCAUAUUGACCAUUGGAUUUUUACCUGGAUUAAAAGUUGAUGUUAUCCCACUAGUACGAUCUAUUGAGGAACCUCAAGUGGCCCUGGUUGACAAAUUGGGGAUGGAGGGCCUGAUUGACAAAUGGGUGAUGGAUAUUAGGGAAUACACAGCCUCUGUUUCAGGUGGCACAUCGCCUGCUGGAAUCAUUAUGUUUGGAGGCUUGAGAAUUGACAUGAAAACUAUCCUUGAUAAGAUGGAUUAUGCCAUGUCUAGGGAGACUUUCAUUGUGGGUGGUGAGAGUAAUAAAUUCCUUUAUAGAAGAAAUGGUGAUUCUAGUAACGCCAAUAGGAGGCAAAAAGACAAUGUUGUUGCUGUUGCCCUUCUACUUGCGACGGAUAGAAACAAGCCUCUUGGUAUAGGGGACACUCAAUUCCGUGUUGCAUUUUCACCUGGUAUAUCACCAAUAGGUCCCAUGCACAAGGCAGUUUCUGUUAGAGAAAAACGUAGUGACUGUUCUACAUGGCUCACUGCUAGAAGAGAAGGACUCCAUGAUGUUCUUGAUGGUCAAACUAUGCUAAAUGACAUCAAUGACGAAAUGGGAGAUCGUAUUGAGUAUCCGGCUUUGUACAUUGGCGUCACAGAAAGAAGAAAAUGUUCAAUUGGGUUGGAGAAAGCGAGCUGGGUAACAUCCUUGGCAUUCCAUGAAGUAAUGGGGGGAGAUGAAGAAUACCUAUUUGUUAAUGGCUGUGGAAUCAAAACUGGCGAUUCAUUUCGAUUCUACCAGUCAGAUUCCAGCACUGCUUUCUCCUUCUGUAGCAAUGUCUCAGAAAACCUCAAACUUUUGAAGCAAGAUGGUAAUAAAGAAGUAUUUGGAGGCAUUAUCUUCUCUUGUUGUGGCCGUGGUAAUUCUUUCUUCAGGCGCUCUUAUGUUGAUAGCUUCCCAUUUCUGGAGAAUUUUCCUGGGAUUCCACUGGGAGGAGCUUUUUGUGGUGGGGAAAUUGGACGUGGCUCUUUAAGCUUGUACAGUCAAGAAGCUCAGCAGAGCAGUGUUCGUUGUUGUCUGCAUGUCUAUAGCACUGUUUACCUAGCGAUGUCAUACACUCCUGUACUACCAGAAUGUUAGAUUAUGAAAUUUUCUUUUAGUACUUUUUGGAAAUGAAGUCUCCCCAUCUUGAACUGAGUUCCUCGUGUUACCUUUCUGUUUUUGGUUGUUGUUUGGGACUUGGAGUUGCUGGUGAUUCUUGGCGACUUUUGUUCAGAGUUUCAAGUUUAAUCGGUGUAACAACCCAAUUUGUGUCUUUCCGAUUCGCACCCUCAAAUUGUAACUCACAAGCCAUAACCAUUUGUGAGUUACCGUAUCUGAAGUGUGGACAUGGGAGAGACACAAAAUGGUAACUCUAGGUAAAAGAGUCUGACAUGUAUUGUUAGAUAUUGGAUCAAGCAAAACAACAUUCGAUGCUCAAACACACACACACAGUCCCGUUGUGUCUAUUUUUGCAAGUUAGUGAAAAUUGAUUGCAGUUUAUCCUUAA